AUGCCUAUGGGUAUGGGUAUCUGGUGGGUCAGCAAGCUGAGACCCCUACCCAACCCACAGGCGCCGAACAGACCUGUGGCUUUGUUUCUAUUCUUUGGUCCUACUGGUGUUGGCAAGACAGAGUUAGUAAAGGCACUAGCUGGGUUUCUUUUCAACGACGAGCAGGGAGAACUUGUUAAUAUCAACAUGUCCGAGUUGACGGAAGCUGCUCGACGCAAAACGUAUGUCAGGGCAGAAAAGCUAUGUAUUUCAUUGUCAAUGAAGUAUGGCACACUCAAUCCAUUCGGUCUCACAAGCAAUCUCGGAAGCAAUAUAUUAGGUCACAGUUCAUCCUGUCGUGGUCUCGUCACGGAGGAGGCCAAGAAUCUUGUCAUGAAACAUACGAUGGCUCCCCCUGAACUUUUCAAUCGCCCUAACCAAAUACUUGUUUUUAACAAGUUGUCUCGCCAAGCAAUUCUAGAUGUUGUGGCACUGAGGCUGAAAGACGUUGCCUCAUGGUUAAGGGAUAGAAGGAUUGCAUUCAAUAUCAACGCAGAAGCUUGCAACUGGCUUGUCGAGAAGGGUUAUUCUGAUAUCGAUGGCACCUGCGCGGUCGCUCGUGUCAUGCAUACUCAUGUGCUGUUGAGGGGGACAAUCAGAAAUGAUGUCGUCUGCAUCACGGUCUCUGAGAGUGAUUCUCUAAGGACAGUCACCCCUCCUGACUCCAGAAUUGUAUUGAGAGAGGGUCAUGAUUAA